UGUCAAACUACGGCCACAUCCUGAUCUGCCAGCGUCGCACCCUAACAUCAGCCGAUAGCACGUUCCACACUGCACAAUGGCGGCGGAUGAAAGUGGUUGGAAACCGCUGCACAGAUGCGCGUACAUGAACGACAUCAAAUCUGUCGAGGGACUACUGCAAAAUGACCCGUCGUUGGCCAAACAAGGAGACGACAACGAAUUAACGCCGUUAGCUAUUGCGGCGUACAAUGGUCACAUGGAGAUUAUGGAAAUGCUUCUGCCCCAUUCAGACGUCAACGCCAAAGACUCGAACCAUCGAACUGCGCUGCAUUGGGCGGCAUUUAUGGACAAACCUCAAGCAGUCGAAAGGCUACUCAGGGUAGAAAACAUCGACGUCAACAUCCAAGCAAAGAACGGUUUGACAGCAUUGCACAUGGGAGUUGCCAGCAAUGCUAAGGAGGUCGUAGAGUUGCUCAUCAAGAAAGAAGUUAUCAAGCUGGACGUGGGCGAUGAAAAUAAGCUGACACCCCUGCACUGGGGAGGGAUUCGUGGGUUCACGGAGGUUGUCGGCCUACUUAAGGAUGCAGAUCAGAAUGCACCGGACAAAAUAGGGAAGACUCCGCUACAGUGGGCUGCCACAAACGGACACACUGAGAUCAUAAAGAAAAUGAAAGAAGUUGAGAGCACCAACGUGGAUGCCCUGGACGAAAAGAAUCGCACGGCGUUGUACUGGGCAGCGUACAAUGGAAACACGGAGUCCGUGAAAGCGCUUCUCGAGGCUAGUGCAGACAUAAACGCUCGAGAUAACAAAGGUUUAACAGCCUUGCACGUAGCCGCGACGAAUGAACACAAGGCUAUUCUGGAGUUACUCAUAGAGCAUAAAGUCGACGUGAAUGUUCAUGAUGAGUUCGAGAGGAUAGCUCUCCAUUGGUGCUCCUAUAUGGCUUACCCAGAAAUCGUGAAGUUACUUCUCGAUGCGAGAUCUGACAUUAACGUUCAAGACAAAGAUGGUUACACACCGCUGCACUGGGCGACUAUGGCUGGCGACGGAGCGAUUGUUCAGUUACUCCUUGAAAAGAACUCAAACGUCGACCUCAAGGACAAACGAAAUCGUACGGCGAGGGAUCUAGCAUUUUCGCUGGAUUACAAGGGUAUAGUCGAUUCCAUCGACAAUUACGGAGCUAGUACCUCCGGUGCUGCUGGAGGAUCCACUGGCGAUGUCGACAUUGAAGAUCCAUUGGCGAUGUCGACGGAUUGAAAAAAUGUUCGAGCAGCUUCCUGGUGCUGAACUGUGCCUUAGGUUUGACGCCAUCGUACCUUAACUACCCCUCAAGAACACCCGCGGAGCUCAGGACUUCCUCAAAGUGUCAUCACGUCCCCAUCCGCGAUGGGAUAUCUGGAGGAGGGCCACAGACUGUCGUCAGAAGAGCUUCCAGUGAUGGUCAUUUGCGUACGUCCUGCGGUCGUCAACCGGAGGACAAGCGUAGGAAAAGAAAAUUAGUUGAAUACUGCAUUGUGCAUUUUGAUACGUACAUACAAUA